AUGCAGUUUCAACCAGAUACAAAUGCGUUAGGUAUCAAUGAGUUCUUGGACAUGGUCCCAGUUGGCUCAGAUGAGCAUUCCUGUGAAGAUUCUGGCAGUAAUAAGAUUUCAGUUGUUGAAAGUGAAACUAAGUGCAUUUAUACUAUAGAGGGGGUGUUGCCAUUAAGGACAGUGGAUCAUGUAGAAGUGGUCCAAGGACAGCUUGAGCCAGGCUUUUGUGUUGGUGAGUUGCUUGAGGAGAAUGUUGAUCGUGGGAUUCUUUUACAGAUGGACACAACUCCUGAUAUAUGCAGCAAUAAUCACAUGGGAAACUUUGGUUUUCUGCAAAACAAUUACAAUUCUGUGCAGGAUGAUUUCUCUGUAGUUUCUGCUGGCGAUCAUAUCUACAGUUUGUUCAACAUUGAAUAA